GGACUGCGGGAUGGCGUCGUGGGAGGAGCAGCUGCGGGACGAGCUCGCCGGCCGCGGCCUCGCCGUCGCCUCCGUCCCCGGGAAGGGACGCGGCCUCUUCGCGACACGCAGCUUCUUCCCAGGGGAAAUCGUUAUUUGCCAAGAACCUUACGCUUCUACACCAAACAAGAUCUCUGUAGGCUCAAACUGUGACAAUUGCUUUGCCUCUAGAAACCUGAGGAAGUGCUCGGUUUGUCGGGUUGCUUGGUACUGCGGGAGUUCGUGUCAGAAAGAAGAAUGGAAGCUGCAUCAACUUGAGUGUCAAGCCAUUGCUGCUCUUACCGAGGAUAGAAAAAAGAUGCUUACUCCUACAAUUCGUUUGAUGGUGAGGCUUGUACUAAGAACAAAACUGCAAAAUGAUAAGGUCAUUCCAUCUUCAGGAACAGAUAAUUGCAAUCUAGUGGAUGCAUUAGAAUCCCACAUCUCUGAGGUUGAUAAGAAUCAACUGGUGCUUUAUGCUCAGAUGGCUACUCUCGUACAGCUGAUUAUUCCUUCAAUUGUGCUUGAUCUUAAGGAAAUCACACAUACUUUUUCCAAGUUCGCAUGCAAUGCUCAUACCAUAUCUGAUCCUGAACUGAGGCCCCUUGGGACUGGACUAUACCCUGUUUUAUCUAUUAUUAACCACAGUUGUGUACCAAAUGCAGUUUUGAUAUUUGAAGGUCGGACAGCAUAUGUUCGUGCAUUACAACCUAUAAGUAAAAAUGAGGAGGUAUCAAUAAGUUACAUUGAAACUGCGACAACCACUAUGAAGAGACAGGACGAUCUCAAGCAUUACUACUUCACCUGCAAAUGUCCCCGUUGUGUUAAGGAUUCUGAGGAAGAUGCUCUCCUUGAGGGAUACAGAUGCAAGGACCACAAGUGUGAUGGAUUUCUUCUGCCUAAUUCAGAAAACAAGGCUUAUACAUGCCAGAAAUGUAGCACUUCUAGAGACGGGAUAGAGUUACAAAAGAUGGCAAACGAUGUACUACUAUUAUCUGACAAAGCCUCUUCACUAAAAUCAUCUGGAAUAGGUAACAGUGAGGCAGGUUAUCUGUACAAGACUAUUGAAGAGCUAGUGCAGAAGCUGUACCAUCCUUUGUCAACUACUUUGCUUCACACACGGGAAACACUCUUGAAGAUAUAUAUGGAAUUACAAGAUUGGCAGACUGCGUUGAUGUAUUGCAGAUUGACAAUUCCAGUGUAUGAAAGAGUUUAUCCACCUUUUCACCCAAUGAUUGGCUUACAGUUCUAUACCUGCGGAAAGCUUGAAUGGUUGCUUGAGUAUACAGAGGAUGCUCUAAAGUCUUUAACCAGGGCUGCAGAUAUACUUCGUAUAACACAUGGCACUAAAUCUGAGUUCAUGAAGGAGCUUUUGGGCAAGUUAGAGGAAGUAAGGGCGGAAGCUUCUUUUAGGCUCUCGGCUGGAUGAACAAAUUGAAAUAUCGGUUUCUUGAGAAGCUCCAGCUCAACGUGAUGACAAAAUAUAAUAUACCAGUGUUCAGACAAUGUUCAAAUAGGACAACACUAAAUAGACGAUCUCUAAAUUUAGAGUAGAUUGACAGUUCAACGUUGGGAUAUAAAGUUGUCCAGCAGAGGUGACAUGGGGACAGGAGCUGUGAGUCGGUGAUAUAUGCAAAUUCAAUGUUCAACUAUGAAGUGUGGGUCUUGGCUUUACAUUUGCUGCCGUUUUGAUGUUUUCUUAGUGGAUUGUUCACAAAAUAAGAUGGCGCCACCAGCAAAUUAUGCUAAUAUUAGUGGGCAUCAAAUUAUAGGGUGCAACAAGCAGCGUAACCCUCGUACACAAUCGAUAGACACUGGGUCAGUUAGCAUAAGAUGCACAAUAAAACCAUACUAUGUUGCGAGUGCAACUGCUGCAAAAUCACUUGUAAUGCAAGAUCAUAAUCAUAAGAAAAGGUUAUU